AUGCGGGUCGUUUUGUUAGCCAUCAUUAUCACGUUGGCUAACGCCUUCCAAUUUGGUGACAACUGGGAACAGACUUGGAACCAAAAUGUGAAGAGGACGCAACGUGAGAUAGCCGUUGUGAAACAUGCAACGACGUUCCAGCUAUCUCGUUACCAACCCAGAGUCAACAGGGUUUUGUGGGUCGGUAUCGCCGCCGAUUGCGACUAUUUGGCCCAAUUUACGAACCCCAUGAAAGCAAAGGACCACAUUCUGAAGCAAUUUCAGUUUGUUUCACAACUGUUUGAAAAUGCGUUUCAACUCCAGGUGCGCAUUUCAACCCUUCUUGUCGGACCUGAUUCAUGUUCGGGAAGAUAUUCGUGGGAGCUCGGGUAUCAGGAGCUACUGAUGAAUGGUCAUUCCAUGCAAGAGAAGCUGGACAUUUUCAGCAAGUGGAUUGGCAACGCUAAACGCUCGCUUUUCGUAAACUCGCAUUUGCUUUCCGACGCCAAUAAGUAUCGAUUUCAACGUGCACAGCAAUGGUCAUUGCUUACGAAGGACAAGGAUGUUAGCGGCACCGGGAUGGCAUGGUUUGGGCAGGUGUGUCAAGAACAUAUUGAGGACGAGUUUCACAGCAUGGGCCCAACCAGCAUUGUUGCCGCUUAUCCCACUGACUGGCCCAUUGUUGCUCACGAAAUCGGUCACAGUUUGGGUUUGACGCACGACUGUGAUCGAGAUCUAUGUCUCCAAGAACCACGGACAUGCUGUCCAUUUUCCCCGUCUUUAUGUGAUUCCGAGGGUCUCUUUAUUAUGCAUUCCUCCCACUCAUAUCCAUCAAAGAGUUUUAGCGAAUGCUCGAAAAGACAGUUUCAGGAGUUGGUUGACGGGAACAACGCACCACUUCACUGCUUACAGCAAUUAGAACAAGAAACUGAAUAUGGACUUGAAACUCUGACAUGUGGAAACGGCGUUUUAGAUCCCGGAGAGCAAUGCGACUGUGGUGAGCACUGCGACGAUAACCCUUGUUGCGAUGGUGAAACUUGUACAUUAAAGAAAGGUGCCGAAUGCGAUGACAGUUCCGGUUCUUGCUGUCACAAUUGUCAAUUCGCGUCAUCUUCUACGCUGUGUCGGGCAUCUAAAGGUACUUGCGACAAGCCUGAGUAUUGCACAGGCAAACACGCUGAGUGCCCUGACGAUAUCCUUCGUGAGGACGGUGAGCAUUGUAGUACAGACCUUGGACAAGGCUUCUGUGCCUCUGGCGUAUGCACCUCUCGUUACCAACAAUGCAAAGAAUUUGCGAGUUUUGCCAUCACUGCUUGUCACCCGGAGAGUUGUAUGAUGUCGUGUCAGGACAGUAAAGGGUUUUGUUUCACGACAGACAAGCCAUAUCGCGACGGAACACGUUGUACAGAUGGGGUUUGCAGAGAAGGUAUUUGUAUUCCGGAUGUCGCUUCGUCUGCUCCGUGGUCUAGGCAGCCCCCGCUCUUUUAUUUAGCUCUCAGCACCAUCUUUGGAGUUGCAGCGAUUGCUUGGUUUUUUUGGUAA